CUCGUUACACGCAAGACGAUAGACGGAGCUAAAAUUGCCAAGUGAGGAUUGCUUCGGCGUUUCCGAAGUAGCGAGAGGCUGACAGACGGGACAAGAUGAAGUUUCUGCAAAAGUGCUUUACUCUGUGAAUUACGAUCUGUAGACAAGAGUGCAAUGUUCUCCGGGGAGAUGAAUGAGUCGACCUGCGUGUAAAGUCGCGGUGCCACGUUGACUUACAUUCUCAGAUAAGAGAGAGAAAGUUGAACCAGAUCGAUUUCAGCUAUUACAAUUCAGUAGAAUCAAUAUGGCUCUCGAUUUGAGUUACAGCGAGGAAGGGCGUGCCAUGAUGGGCUACACUUCAACAAACGAGAGUCCAUUAGAUCUCGAGAACAACAAUAACAAUAAUCUCAAACAUGAUGAGAGAAUUUUGAAUGAGAAGGAAUCGACUACGCAAUCGAAUUCGAAAGGAGUGCUCGCGCAGUGUUUAGUCACAGGUGCAGUAUUAUUGGUGGCAACGGGAGGCGGUAUACCGAUUGGUUACAGCGCAGUUUUGUUGCCACAAUUGUCAGAAGAAAAUAGUACCUUGCACGUGGAUCGCGAAACUGGUUCUUGGAUAGCUGCAAUUCACAGUCUGGCUACUCCUAUUGGAUCGCUGUUAUCAGGACCGUUCCUCGAUGCGAUUGGUCGACGAGGCUGCCUUCAAUUGUCGGCAAUUCCUCUGUGCAUAGGCUGGUUGAUUAUCGGCUUGUCGAGGAAUGUGACUUCUAUUUUAGUUGGAAGAGUUAUCUGCGGUUUGUCCGUAGGAUUCAUGGCGGUACCCGCACAGGUACUGGUAGGAGAAACAGCAUAUCCAGGUCUCCGUGGCUUCCUGGUGGUUGGUUCGUUCAGCGCAUAUUGUGCCGGAAUCUUGCUGGUUUAUGCUUUCGGUGCUUCUUUUAAUUGGGACAUCGUGGCCUUCUAUGCUAUUCUACUUCCUCUUGCAGCUUUUAUUGCUCUUUGUUUGGUUCCUGAAAGUCCCGCCUGGCUUAUUAGACGGAAAAAAAUAGACAAAGCCAAGAAAGCUCUUUUGUGGCUUAGAGGCGGUAAUACUGAACAGAUGCUUGAAGAGAUAGAGCUCCUAGACACAAGCAUAAAAGCCAAUUUUGUUAAGAAGCCUGUAAAUACCUCGUUUAUGAAGAGGAUCUCCUCUAUAAUGUCCACAAUUCGCGAUCCGGGCGUGUUGAAACCAUUGAUUAUCAUCAACGUAUUCAAUGCGCUUCAAUUAAGCAGCGGAACGUACAUUAUUGUCUUUUAUGCCGUUGAUAUGAUCAAGGACAUAGACAAUGGCAACAUUGAUAAUUAUUUGGCGGCCGUGGUGACGGCAAUUAUCAGAUUUGUCUUCUCCCUCGUUUCCUGUGUUUUGUUACUUAAAAUGGGUAGACGAGCUUUAGGCAUCGUUUCAGCACUUGGCUCGUCCUUGGCCUCAUUGAUUUUAGCGGGAUAUUUGAUUGCUAGAAAGGAGGGAUCUUCCGUGGAUGUCUACGUGUUGGCUGUAUGUUUGUUGUUUUAUGUCGGUGCGAAUACCUUGGGUCUACUAAUACUUCCUGGCCUGAUGGUCGGUGAAUUGAUGCCUCUGAGAGCUCGUGGCAUCGGUGGCGGCUGUAUCUUUUUUAUCUUCAAUCUACUUCUGUUCUUCAUGACCAAAUUUUUUCCAAUGGUAAACAGUCUAGUUGGCACAACAGGAAUCUUCACUAUCUUCGGCAUCUGCUCUUUUUUGGAAGCAAUUUUUAUUUAUCUUGCUCUACCAGAAACGAAGGAUCGCACCCUUCAAGAAAUUGAAGAAUACUUUCAACAAAAUAACUUUCUAUGGAUAACCAGAACAAAGACGAAAAAACAGAACACAGAUGUGCCUACAAAAGCUGAAUCUAAUUGUUCAAUCCCUUUAUCUGAGUAUAAAUAAGAAUUAAACCUAAUUAGAAUUUAUGUAUGACUGCGAUAAUAUUUAAUGUAAUUGUAUAUAUUUUUACUAAUUCGAGAUAUUUAAGAAUAUCAUGUUGACGUAUGGAAAUAUGUGUGGUUAGAUAUAUAAGUUAAAAAAUUUUAUUUAAACUUUAUAAUUAAUAUUUGAAUAAAAUAAAACUU